ACCAAUGUUAGAGCUAGUCACUAAACUGCGUUACUAGAGAACGACGACGUCAUCGGUCGGCGACAAGUUAACCUGCACGAGUAUCUUGUGACAACUAUAUCGCGGACGUUUCGUUUCUAUUCCCCGUUAACCGUAAACAGCUGGCUUACGUGAACGGAUUUAGUAGGCUGUAAUAACUGAACAGAGAGCGGGGAAUUUCCCUGACAUCCAAGUAUUAGCUGGCACAUUCGUGAAUAUGGCGGACGCUUUCGGGGACGAUCUCUUUAGUGUGUUCGAUGAUGAUGCGCCGGCUGCCAACAAGACGGGGGAGUCCGGACCCACCGGCAAGAGCGGAAAACGAAGUGCUAAACCUCAAGUUGUGCUUGUGGGUUCUACGGGAAAGCCAAAGCGAGAUGCCGGCUGUCUUGAUGGCACUGAGGAAAAUGUGUUUGGGAAGAAAAUAAAACUGGAACCAUCUACUGAAGACGUAAACUUGGCAGAUUUUAUGCCCAGAAUAAAAGUAGAAGCCGUAGAAACAGUUGAGGGUUGUACGCAUGAGGUAGCUCUCCCUUUCAAUGAAGAAUACAUGCCCUUAAAAUCCAGAAUAGGCAAAGCAGCAAAGGAAUAUCCUUUCAUUCUGGAUGCCUUUCAGAGAGAAGCCCUUCUGUGCAUAGAUAACAAUCAGUCUGUUCUGGUGUCAGCCCAUACAUCUGCUGGGAAGACAGUGUGCGCUGAGUAUGCCAUUGCUCUGGCUCUGCGUGAGAAACAGCGUGUCAUUUUCACCAGCCCUAUUAAAGCUCUGAGUAAUCAGAAAUACAGAGAGAUGUAUGAAGAAUUUCAAGAUGUUGGUUUAAUGACUGGUGAUGUUACCAUCAAUCCAACUGCAUCCUGCCUGGUUAUGACAACAGAGAUUUUGCGCAGCAUGUUGUACAGAGGUUCCGAAGUAAUGAGAGAAGUGGCGUGGGUCAUAUUUGAUGAGAUUCAUUACAUGAGAGAUGCAGAAAGAGGAGUCGUCUGGGAGGAAACAAUAAUUCUCUUACCAGAUAAUGUGCACUAUGUGUUUCUUUCUGCCACUAUACCAAAUGCACGUCAAUUUGCAGAAUGGAUCUGCCACCUUCAUAAGCAGCCAUGUCACGUCAUAUACACAGACUACCGUCCUACUCCAUUGCAGCACUAUAUAUUUCCAGCAGGUGGUGAUGGGCUCCACCUUGUUGUAGACGAAAAUGGUGAUUUCAGGGAAGACAACUUUAAUACAGCCAUGCAGGUACUGAGAGACUCAGGAGAAUUAUCUAAAGGAGACCAAAAAGGCAGGAAAGGAGGAACAAAAGGUCCCUCUAAUGUGUUUAAGAUCGUGAAGAUGAUAAUGGAAAGAAACUUCCAGCCAGUUAUUAUCUUUAGCUUCAGUAAAAAGGAUUGUGAGGCCUAUGCUCUCCAGAUGUCUAAACUUGACUUCAAUUCAGAGGAAGAAAAAAAGAUGGUUGAAGAAGUAUUCAACAAUGCAAUUGAUUGUUUAUCAGAUGAAGAUAAAAAGCUCCCUCAGGUUGAACAUGUGUUGCCCCUGUUAAAGAGAGGCAUUGGGAUACAUCAUGGUGGAUUACUUCCUAUACUGAAAGAAACCAUAGAAAUCCUUUUCUCAGAAGGAUUGAUCAAGGCUUUGUUUGCAACAGAAACAUUUGCAAUGGGUAUAAAUAUGCCAGCUAGGACUGUCUUGUUCACCAGUGCACGUAAAUUCGAUGGCAAAGAUUUCCGAUGGAUCUCAUCAGGUGAAUAUAUUCAGAUGUCCGGUCGUGCUGGUAGACGUGGCAUGGAUGAAAGGGGUAUAGUAAUUCUAAUGGUUGACGAGAAAAUGAGCCCCACGGUUGGAAAACAGUUACUUAAGAGGUAAAGAAUUUAGAAGAACAGUACAAUAGUAUCAAAAUCCCAAAUGAAGAAAGUGUUGUGACUUAUUACAAAAUCCGCCAGCAACUUGCCAAACUUGGGAAAGAAAUUGAAGAGUAUAUCCACAAACCCAAAUACUGCCUUCCUUUUCUGCAGCCUGGAAGGCUUGUAAAGGUGAAAUGUGAAGAUGAUGAUUUUGGUUGGGGUGCAGUAGUUAACUUUUCCAAGAAAUCAAAUGUGAAGCCUAACUCCGGUGACCUGGACCCUUUGUAUGUUGUAGAAGUAUUAUUAAACUGCUGCAAAGAGAGUUUGAAAAAUGCUGCGACUGAAGCUGCAAAACCUGCAAGACAGGAUGAAAAAGGGGAGAUGCAGGUUGUCCCUGUUAUGCUUCACUUGCUGACUGCCAUUAGCAGCGUACGUUUGUACAUUCCCAAGGAUCUGCGUUCUCUGGACAAUAGACAGAGUGUGCUCAAGUCUAUCCAGGAGGUCCAGAAACGCUUUCCUGAUGGAAUACCUAUACUUGAUCCUAUUGAUGAUAUGGGAAUCAAAGACCAGGGACUGAAAAAAGUUAUUCAAAAGACAGAAGCCUUUGAACACAGAAUGUAUUCACAUCCUCUUAACAAUGACCCAAAUUUAGAGUCUGUCUACAAACUUUGUGAGAAGAAAGCUCAGAUUGCCGUUGAAAUUAGAACAGCAAAACGGGAAUUAAAAAAAGCUCGUACAGUGUUACAAAUGGAUGAACUGAAGUGUCGGAAGAGGGUAUUAAGAAGGAUGGGUUUUGCAACAUCAGCUGAUGUCAUAGAGAUGAAAGGUCGUGUGGCUUGCGAAAUUAGCAGGCAGUAUAAUUCGUUGCAUGAGAAGGUUGGAGGAAUUGCUUAGACAAAUGUGUCAAGCAGCAAAAGCAAUUGGAAACACAGAACUGGAGAACAAAUUUGCAGAAGGUAAUGAGCAUUGGAACUUGAAAGCCACAAAGUCCCUGUGUUCUUAGCAUUUUUGAAGGAAU